AACUUUAGCUUGUGUUAUGUAAGUAUGUUUUCAAGUUCCUUUUUCCCAAUAUUUUCCCACUCAGGCAUGGUUUAUACAUCUUAUCACGACAUACCAGUUUUUAUGAUUAUUGAUUUCCGAUUCGCCAGGCUUCUGUGUGCUCUAAGGACGGUACAAUGCUACAAUAUUUACUGUUGCUUUUGUUUAUGCUAAUAACGAAAAGUAAUACAAAUUAUGUAAACAGCAGUAUGACUAGGCCGGGAAGGGUGAGGUUUUACCCAAAAAACUCCGUCUUUCGGAAAUCUGAUUUCAUAGACCGCGGCUGCGUGGUCUUCAUUAAGGACUGUCCUGCUGCAUAUAAGCGGGAUAUAGUAUGCGCACGACACUACGACGGCUACUAUAGAACCUUCAACAACUAUUGUGAACUGGAGUAUGAGAACUGUAAUGGUUGGAGACAAUGGAGUAUGGUGAAACGCGAAAGGUGUUAAUUGCUCUUCGUAAAGCGUAGGCGUAGAAUCGGACGGAAUGAAAAAUACACAAAAACAAUAAAAACUUAUAAUAUUUUGUAACGGACAUUAUAUUUU